AUGGCAGAGGAUAUGUUGUCACCAUUUGACAAGCUGGCUCUGGACACCACUGACCAUGCUGUAACUCGAUCCAUGCUGCUUCUGUCGCAACUUAAAUCCAUGCUAAUUGCUACCUACACAAGUGGGCAAGUGGGUCGAUCUAUUUGUUCUGGACUAGCUUAUUAUGUGACAAAUAAUGCUGGUUCACAACGGGUUCAACAAUCUUGUGGUUUUAGCAAGGGAUGUAUCUUUUUCAAGCAGUCUUAUCACUUCAUAGAACCAAAGAAUGAAAUUAUUCCAGAAUUGAUCUCGGGAAGAAUUUUUGGGUUGGAUUAA